CGUGCCGUGCCGUGCCGUGCCGUGCCGUGCCGUGCCGUGCCGUGCCGGGGAUGUAGCGCUCAGCACCGCGGAGAGCGGCGGGGCCGGCGGGGAGGGGGGGCCAUGGCCAGCGUGCAGCAGGGCGAGAAGCAGCUCUUCGAGAAGUUCUGGCGAGGCACCUUCAAAGCCGUGGCCACGCCGCGACCCGAGAGCAUCAUUGUGGCCAGCAUCACGGCCCGCAAGCCGCUGCCCAGCGGGACGCUCAGCUGCCUGCCGUACCCUGCGGAGGACAGACGUCCCGAAAAGCUGAGUGGCCGCGCGGUCAAGGAGGCCUCCACCACCAACGGCUGUGUGAAAGGGAAGGAGAGACCAGACCAUGCUCGCCGCAGGUCACGCAGCCCCUCGUGUGAUGGGGACCGUGUGCCGCCGCCGGCCCGGGGGAAGAAGAAGAAGAAGAAGUCCGGCCGCAAGAAGAGAAGGAGGUCUCCCUCCUACAGCCCCUCGCCUGUGAAGAAGAAGAAGAAGAAAAGCUCCAAGAAGCGAAAAAGAAACAGGUUAUCAUCAAAGAAGAGAAGACACAGUUCUUCAAGCCCUAAAAGUAAGAGAAAGGAAGAAAGAAAACACAAAAAACACUCUCGUGGGCGCACCCGGAAAUCUCAUCGCCAUCGCCACCGCCACUGCCACUCUCGCUCAGAGAGCUCCGACUCCCGCUCCCCCGGCUGCCGAAGCAGGCACAGAGCCAGGUCUCGGGAGGAAGGGCAUAAAACACGGCGAAGACACUCCCGGCACCACUCAAAGAUCACUGCAAGGCGAAGCUCCUCUGCAGAGGUUCAGGCCAGCCAAAAAGCCAGCCAAACCCUCCCACUCUACAGCUUCCUGUCUCCUAAGGAAGUAGCUUCCAAGCCAAACCAUCCUUGCCUGGGGAGAUGCAUUGUCAUAUCUCCAAAGGAAAGGGAUUGUCCAGGGAGGAUCCCAAUGUGCAGAAGAGACCCAGAGAGGCAAUACACCAACUCCCAUGAGAUCUCUCAGUCAGGGUCUUCUGCUGACCUCUUUACCAAAACAGACAGCCCGCCUGGCAACCUAGCCAGCCAGAACGGAGAGUAUCAUGAAUAUGACUCAGGAAACGAUACUUCCUCCCCUCCCUCCACUCAAACGAGCUCAUCCAGGUCAAAGGACAGCCAGGAGAAAAGAAGUCUAGUCCAUGAUGGCUUUGGCCAUGCCUUCUCGUCCGGGAAGCCCAAACUGGCCAACAGCGAUAACAGCUCUGAUUCAGGAAAUUCCUUCACCAGUUGCUUUUCCCAGACCAAGGGAACAGCUUUGGAAAAUCUGUCUCCAGAUGCCCAGGGACAAGACCGAAGGGGGUGCCUGUCCUUGUGCCUCAGCUGUUCAGAGGAGAAGAAACGAAACUUCCUUCCAUCCCCAACCCACAGCUCCCUGCUGAGGCCGUGUUCCCGCAGCGAGUCGUACACCAGCACGGGCAGAUCCUCCCCCAGUUCCAGCCGCUCCCGCUCCUCACACCACAAGGCCUCUCCCAGGUACUCCCGAAGCAGGUCCUGCUCUUCGGGAAAGAGGUCUUCUUCACGUUCCCCCAGCUAUUCCUCCAAAUCCUGCAAAAAAAGUCCUGGGAGCAGGAGUUCAAGACCUCGUCGGAGCCCCAGUUACUCCCGCUACAGCCCUAGCAGAGACCGCGAGCGAGAGCACAAGUAUGGCUCCAGUGAGAAGGAGUCGCACAGGGAGCGUGACCGCCGGCGGCGGCGAUCCUAUUCACCCCUGAGGAAACGCAGGAGAGACUCUCCCAGCCACCUCGAAGCUCGGCGCAUCACAAGUGCCCGCAAACGCCCCAUCCCCUACUACCGUCCCAGUCCCUCCUCCUCCAGCAGCGCCAGCAGCUCUUCCUCCUGGUACAGCAGCUUUAGCCGCUCCCCGAGCAGGAGCCGGAGCUACUCCAGCUACCGGACAAGCCGGAGCCGAAGCUGGAGCAGCAGCAGCGCCGAGGGCAGGAGCCGCAGCCGGAGUUCGGGCCCCAGGAGCAGCCGCAGCAGGAGCAGGAGCUAUGACUCAGGAGGCAGCUCUGACAGCCUGCGUCGCUAGGGAGUGCCACCGACGGCACGCGUGCCGGUGUCACCUCCAGAUUCCUGGCAUUCUCCGCUUCCUUUCUCACCUACCUGGCCAUCGAUAGCAAUCAUCCCUGAUACUGAUGCGGUGGCAGUGCCGGGUCCCCCUUCCCCAGUUCAGAGUAAGAGCCCCCAUGCGCCCAGUGCAGCCCCUUUGCCACCUCGAGGAGCCGGUGGAUCCGUCCCAGCUCCCCAGGGCUGGACAAAGGGUCGGUGCUUUACAGAGGGUCUGUCACAGACCUGCUCCAUCCUCCCAGAAGUCCCCGUCUCCCCAUCGCUGCCACUCUCCGAAGCACUACCAGCUGGUCCAAAGGAAAGAAUUCAGCUCCUUGUUCUUGUGCCAAACCAGGAGCCAGCAAGUUAAUUUCUGUUGGAGGGAGAGACCCAGUUAAGGAGGAAUUUGCUGGGAAGUUUUGGUGAUGAGUGGGGGUGACCUGUCCCCACCCAGGCAAGUAUCAGGUCCCUUGGCUCUUUCCUCCAGACCUCUUCCAUGAGAGAAUAUUUAUUUAUUGCCAGUCAGCCAGUCCCUACUAUAAAAAGAAGGCUAGAAAUCCUUCCUGACGUAAUUCCUGGGGAAAAAAAAAAAAAAGCCAUUCCCUUCUUUUUCCCACCCUUUCCUAUCAGAUACGCAUCAUCUUUCGCAGGGUUGUUUUAUCCCCCCCCAGCACUGUGACUUGCUUGCGAGCAAACUGCUGAGGUCUGCAGCAGACCUGGGGCCGGUGGGGUAGGAGGGAGAAGGGAGCUGGCGCCGUGCUGUGAUCCGAGGGUCCGGCCACGGCAUGGGAGGUGGGGGCCGUGGGGUUCCCUUCUCAGAGGAGCCCUCUUGCAGAUUGGGUUUAGGUUUUUCUAAAGGAGCCUUGCCCGUGGAGUGCAAUGCUGGUGGGACUGUAAGGAGAUAAGGAGAUAGCCUAGCUGUGGGGUGUAGUGAGAGCCCACAGGGUUAAAAGGCAUUGCAUGAGCCAGGGGACCCCAAUUCCCCUUCCUCGCAACAGGCAGCAGUUUUAACUGUGCCCGGAGCAUUUCAAGGAAUCAUUUCUCCUUGAGCCCAGGAUUAGCAGCUGCAGCAGCCCCAUCACAGGGCCCGCACUGAGCUGGGGCACAUGCACUCCGGCCCCAGUUUGUUGCUGGGAGGAUGGAGCAGUGCAGGGGGACAGAAAGGGCCCCCCGCUAAUUGCUUGUUUUUCCAAGGAGCCGCGGGCAGCGGCAGGAAGGCCCUGCCUUCCCCGGGCAGCCCUGGGGUUUUGUCUCCCUGCCAGGCCUGCCAGCCCAGCUGCCUGCGCAAUUACUGUGUUUUGCAGGGCAACAAAAGGCUUCUCCCAGCACAGGCUGAGCUGGUGCUGAGGAGUUUCUUUCUCUUACAACACCUGGGUGCUUAGAGACGCUAAUUUGGGUCUAAGACUUCCCGCCCUCCCUUUUUCCAUCCCCUCCCCUUCCAUCCUGCAUGAUUAUUAACGAGUUUGGGUUUAAUGAGUCAAGGAGGUGUGUCAUUUAAGUGUCACAGAAGAGGGCUAAGUGGAGCCGGCAUCUGCUGGAGGAGGAGAGGGGGUAGAAAUGCAGAUUCCCCAGCUAAAGAGUUACUUGGAGCCCCCAGUCCCACUGCAGCAGGUAAAGAGGCACAGCGGCGAGCGGAGGAAGGCCAAGUGCCGUGUGGUGUUCUGGUGGAGCCGGGUGAUCGCCUUAGCAAGUGUAUAAACCUGUUACCUGUUGGAAAGUACAGCAGUGUGGGGUGUGUUUCCACCUGGGUGGUACGAGGGGAAGUUUUAUGCCAGGGGUCCCUUUUUCCCAGUAUCCUUCCUAUUGCUGGUCCCCCUUGUCCUGUGCCUUCAGCCCCCAAAGCCCCCCCUUUUCCCAGACCCUCAUCCUCCGCCUUGCUCUCAGCAGGUGAGGUGAGGAUGAGGGUGGCCGAGGCAAAGAGCUGGGCACUGGUAUGGUCAGUGGCUUGGUGGGGACAUGUGUCCGUCUCCUGGGAGGACAUAGAGAAAAGCAUUCCUGGUGGGGGUGAGGAAAUGCUCUAGGGCUGUGAUCAAGGGAUCAAAGACGGGGUGUUCUUGCAGCAGGGUGCCCCUGCCCGGCCCUGACAGCAGCCCCUUGGCCAUCCUCUGCAGUGAACUCCCUUCUCGUAAAGGGCUGAAAACCUCACGCUUCUUCCCCAAAGAGUCUCUCCCAGUUUGGCGCUGAAACACCCCACUGUUCUGCUCCCCAGGAAGACCUAAAGGCAGCGAUGGGACCCCAUAUCCCAAAUCUACCAGUGUUUUGAGAGCAGCCUCAUGCCCCUUAACACACCCGCACAUGUGCAUCUGCACCAGGGAAGCAGCGCGCCAGGAAGUCAAAAAGGAAAAGAAGAGGGGCUUUGUGCAACUGGUGUAAAUAUCAAAACACAACAUUGACUUGAGUUCCUCGUGGCUGGGGACAGAUGAUCAAAGCACCGCAUCAGGGCAGCAGCACCUACCGACCGCGGGACAGGAGAUGACUCCGAGGGUUGCGCGGGGCUGAGAGCGGCUGUCCUACCCGUCCGGCUGAUCCACGCUUCAAGGACUGCCUCUGCUUGUACAGUCCGUGGCAGCUAAACGCUCCUGGGGUUUCCCGAGCAGACUUGCAUUGGAGUAAACCUCUUUAUUUAUUUAUUUAUUUAUUUAUUAUUAUGAUUAUUCUAUUUUUAAUUGUAUGUCAGAAUGGAUGCAGGUGGUCACCAUUACCAGUAUUUAUUUAUUAUUCUUUUUUUUUUUUUGAACAAUAAGUUAUUUUUAGAUCUGUUUGUUUGUUUGAAUGUCUCCAUGCCACUGUUCUUGUGUAAAGGUUUACAGUGCUGGCCCCUCUCGGCGAUGUGGCUGGAGUGACGGUCGCUCCUGCUGCCAACGUGUCCCUUCGGCUGUGCUCUCUGGAGCGGGACGGAAAGCAUGCGAGGGCUAGAGGGUGCAGGGCAGAACUGUUUGUCUGUUUUCAUGUUAAAAUCUACGGUUUCUCAUUAGAUUUGUGCAGGAAUGUGAUGGAUGUCACCAGAGAAGUGGGUCUAGGACCUCACGGAGGUGACAGCGAGGGUCUGCUUGCCAGCCGGCCGAGUGAAGGGGAGUUUGCAGCACUGCAAGGGGAAGUCUCGCCCCGGUCCGUGCUCGCGCCGGCGGGGUGCCAGCUGGCUGCUGCUGCUGUUUCCCUUGGCUCCGCAGCCAGCGCACAACCCGAAACCGAGCAGCUCUGCACAGGCACCGCUGGUUUCCCUGGGAGGAUGCCGUCGCUAGGACUCCCCUGCCGUGUUUAUCGCUGCGCGAUGACCCACCCAUGGAAAAACUAAAGAAAUGAGACCGUGAGAGAGUGAUCCGUGCUGAAGGUGCUUGCAAAAUCCAGCUUCUGGUGACAGGACCUAACCAAGUCUGUGUGUGUAUGUGUACGUGUAUGUGCGUGUAUAUGGAUAUGUACAUAUGUGCAUAUACAUAUGAGUUUUCCUCAGUGGUGGUAUUUAUUUUUUAACUUAUUUAAGAUUUUUAGUACAACCUGCAACAUCACCCUCUCUGUUGGUGGACAACUAGGUUUUUGGUUGGUUUGCGAGAAGCCCAUGAGCUUUUCUGUCUCUGUGCCUUCUGCCAUUGCUUUUUUUAAAUGUUGUUUCGUUCAUACAUCACUUUUAUGGAUUUUUUUGCUCCACGUCUGGCAUCUCAGAAUGCUGCUGGUGCUCUCUGCAAAGAGCAGUGUUCCCUGGUGGAAAGGCACCUCGGCCAUUUCGGUGUAGGUGAAUCGCUGCUCGCACGAGGGAUGCCCAGGGCUGGGCGCAGCCUCACCCAGAGGCUUCAGGAAAAUAUCUCCACCAUUUUUUGGAGGCCCUAUCUCAAAGGUUUUUGCUUUCCUCAAACUUGGAGGCUCUUUCCCACCCACAAUUUUGUUUCCAUCCCACAAGCGCCCCGGUUGCCUUUCCUUGGCAGAGCGCUCAUUGCAGCACCCUCUCCCCAUUGCAGUCCCCCUCACCCCAGAGCCAUGCCGUUGGCUCUCCCCGCUCCCUGGACCAGCCUUGGUUCUGGGUUUGUCACACCGAGCGAGGCUCAUCCCUCGUCUCCCAACCCCGGCGUUGGGGCCAGGCUCCAGAAAACCCAGCAGAAUCUCUGCAGGUUUGCUGGAAAGCAAAGAUAAGGGAUAUUUCAAAGCACUGUUGUGUUAUUUCUUUUCUUCACGGGUUACAGCACUUGGUUGAGCUUUGCUUUAUGUUCACUGCAAUUUUUCUCAAUGUUUUUGUUGUUUUGGGGGACUGAAGUUGUACCAAACUUGUCUGCAACAGCCAAUCACUGUUAUUUUGCUAUGCAUUGUACAUAUAUUGAACAGGCUGAGAAGAUUUAGCCUCUAUUUAAUAUUUAUUUCUUCUAUUUAUUGAGCAUUACCUUUAAAAAGCUAUUUGGGCCUUGCCGUUGAGUCCAUGAAGGUAGGAGCCUUUGAGGUGUUGCCAUAUACAUUGGAGAGAGGUUAUCAGGUGAAUUACUGAGGCCGGCACAGAGGCAUCUGGCAGACAAAUUGGGCUCAUCUAGAGCUCAACCACUGGUGAUUUAAGGAGAAACCUCAGAUGGAGAUGAGCAAGGCAGGGGAAAAUCCUCCAUCUUCUUGGACCAGCUUCUGUUGACAAAUCACAACCCUCUGGAAAGGUGCUGGGCGUUCAGAGAUGACAGGCCAGCUGUGGCGGAGGAAUAACCUUGCUCUUCGUAGGGCUGCUUGGUUCACCAAAGAUCCCUGGAGAUCUCUGAUCUCCCACCACUGACCCUCUCUUGGCUCUCAGUGGUUAUUGGGGGAAGGGAGGACUUGCUGCCCUUUCAUUGAUGCGAGGAAGGGGAUAAAGUUGAAGUGACUUGCCGAGGUCUCUACCAGGAAGCAAGGAUGUCCACCCUGCCCCAUCCUGAGACCCUUGUCCUCGUGCCAUGUCCUGCUUUGCCCCCUUCCCCGAGCUUUGUGCCAGAACCAGUAGCUUUGCCCAGAUGUGAGCUUGGGAAAGGUGGCCAGGACAGAACUGGGGAGGUCUCUCCUGUUGUCUCCAACAUGACCCAGAGCUUGCUGCAGGCUUCUACCCCAGCUUUGAAAAAAGCAUGGGAUGUGCUAAAAAUCGCAACCUGCCCCAGUGUCACUCCAUCUGUUGUCCUCUUCAUCCGAGUGGGAAGUGUUUGUGCCCCGUGGGCAGAGCUGCCUGGGCUGGCGGAGGGUGGACAUGGCUCCGGCGUUGGCAGGCAAGUGCCCGGUGCUGGGCUGUUCCCGUGGAGCUGGCCAGGAGCUGCAGAGCGCUCAGCCCAGGCUAUCGGGGUAUUUGAGAAAGGGACAGAUUCAGGUGCCUAAGUGACGACUUUGCCCUUUAGUGCCCAGUGGGGUGUUAUUACCUCUUUACCAGAGAAUAAAUAAUUCUCAUGACUUUUGCUGCUACCUGGAAGUUUGCACAUGACCGGGAGGGUCUCUGAAGUACCGGUACAUCUGCUGUUGUAGGAACAGCUUCAUGGUCGAGCAUCCCAAAUUUUGGGCUAUUGCCUAGAGAACAAGACCCUGAACCUCACCGGCCUGGGGGCAGCUCUCCGCCUUCGAAACCCAGGGAAUGCGAAGAUCUAGAACAAAUGCCAAGAUGGGAGAAAAGCCGCAAGGGAAAUGGUGUCUCUGUUUUCUCGCCUGUUGGUCGAUUCCUUACCAAAUGACACCAGCGCAUCUGUUCAUUUGACUUCAUUGUAAAACUCCCUUUGCUCUCCAUCGAAACACAUACUGUAUUCUUCAGUCUUCCUGGGGUAUUUGAGUUGUUAGUCUGGUUAGAAAAAAAGGUUCCAAUAAAGGUUCGGACAGUAUUUCCUUCU